UGCUGCCCUUGUCCGGGAGGCAGGCAGUCAUGCGGAUGGAAACAGGAGUGGGCAUCCGCUGCGCCGCCCGAAGAAGAAAGUUCGAGGAAAGAUGCACGAAGAGGAGGAUGGCAGCGAGGCGCACUCCUGCACGGCGUCGCGGAUCGUCCCCUCCAAGUCCGUGGAUGUGGCCGACGUCGAGGGCUCCAAGGAGCAGGCCUCCAAGCUGUGCGGCUACUUGAACAAACUGUCCGGCAAGGGGCCUCUGAGGGGGUACAAGCCGCGGUGGUUCGUGUAUGAUCCCAGGAAAUGUUACUUGUAUUACUUCAAGACUCCCCAGGACGCGCUGCCGCUCGGACACAUCGAAAUCGGCGAUGCGUGCUUCAUCUACGACGUGGAGGCGGAGGAGGGUCAGUUUGAGAUCCGCACCGCCGAGAAGGAGUUUCUGCUCAAGGCCCCCAGCAAGCAGGUGAUGCAUUUCUGGCUCCAGCAGUUGCAGCAGAAACGAUGGGAGUACAGCAACACCCGAGGCACAGGUCAAAGAGACAGCUGGAGCUCACCGACGCUGGCUUACCCUCCCACCGGCCUUGUAGGCAAAGAUAAUGACGCUUUCCUCUUUGAGAAGCCGAGUGACAGCAUGGAGAAGGUCCGCAGCGACUUUGCCAUGGAGACGGAAUCGGAUGGUGGAGGAAUGGUGGGGAUCCAGUCAGCCAGAGGGCCCUCUGCUGCGUCCACCCACCCCCUCAACACCCUGAAAAACUUUGGUACAGAGCUCAGGAACUCCAUGUCUUAUCUGCGGCCGGGCAGAGCAGGUGACAACAGGCGCAGUGUGUUUUACACCAACAACAGCAGCGCAGACGAGUGGGAGAUGGUGGAUGCUCCACCCAAGGACUUCCCAGAACAGAAACCUCAUCCAGACACACACAGACAUUCCUUUGGAUCAGCGUUUACUUUCGAUUUUGUGCGCAACACCUCGCGGCCCAAGAGGCCUUUGCUUCGAGACAUGAUGGGCUCUGGACGGUUCGGUCGCAGCGCUGAGACGCGCGGUGCUGAAAACUCGGCGGUGGAGUGCAACGGCAGCAAACCUUUUGAGAUGCAGCUUCGUCUCCAAAGCCAGCAGGAAGAACUGAGUCAGAUGCAGCAGGAACAGAUCAAACUCCGAGAAGAGCUGGCCAGUCAGAAGGAGCUGGUGAGACUUCUGCAGCAGACUCUGAGAACCUCCCAGUGUGACCCGCCGACAGCGCGCCGUCCAACCCUGGCUCCAGAUUCAUCUGCACCUCCGGACCAAGCCCAAACUCCAGUAGUACCACAAGAAGAAAUCACCCAGCUGGAGGCCCUGCUUCAGGAAAGAGAUGGACAGAUUCAGUCGUUUUGUGUUCACAUGGAGCGUCUGGGCUUGGAGAAGGAGAGCCUGCAGCAGGAGCUGAAGGGCCUGAAAAUCAAGGUGGGGGAGAUUAACGACCAGCUGGGAAUGCUGAUGGAGACCAUCCAGGCGAAGGAUGAGGUCAUCAUGAAGCUGUCGAGCUCGGAGCAGAGCGGAAAUCCAAACGACGGCGGUUCAUCACCACCUCAUAAAGAGCAGCAGGAGGUGGACAUCCUCAAGGACAGUCUUCAAGGCUACAAAUCCCAGAACAAAUUCCUGAACAAAGAGAUCCUGGAGUUGACAGUCUUGCGCCGAAAUUCAGAGAGUAGAGAGAAGGCCUUGGAAGCAAAGUGUACGGCCCUGGAGGCCAAGCUGUGUCAGGUGGAGAGUAAGUAUUUGGUGCUGCUUCAAGAGGUGAAGACUCCAGUGUGUUCGUCUUCGGAGCAGAGUCCUGCCCGAGAGGUCAUUUCCAGAUUAUUAGAGGACGCGCUGCAGGCAGAGAGCCCGGACCAGCACGAACACCACAUCUUCAAACCAAACACUGUCAGCGAGUACGAUGUAUACGGCUUCAAGACGGUCCCCGAGGAGGAGGAAGAGGAGGAGAAGCUGAUUGCAAAGGUGAGGGCCUUGGAGCUGAGGUCCUUGUCCAUGACGAAUCAGGAGGUGUCCAUCGGGGUGAAGUGGGAGAACUACCUGGCCAGCACCAUGAACAGAGACCUGGUUCGCUCCCCGGAGCUCAAGGGGCUGAUUCGCUGCGGCGUUCCCCACGAACACCGAUCCCAGGUGUGGCGCUGGUGCGUCUCCUUCCACGUCAAGAAGUUCAGAGACCAGCUGGCACCAGACUAUUAUGAGACCUUACUGAAUGUGGCCCGGGACAGACCCAACCCGGCCUCCAAGCAGAUCGAGCUGGACUUGCUGCGUACUUUGCCCAACAACAAGCACUACGCCUCCCCGAGCGCAGGCGGCAUCCAGAAACUCAGGAACGUGCUGAUGGCUUUCUCCUGGAGGAAUCCAGAUAUUGGCUACUGUCAGGGACUCAACAGGCUGGCAGCGAUCGCCUUGCUCUACUUAGACCAAGAGGACGCCUUCUGGACCCUUAUAGCCAUUGUGGAGGUCUUCAUGCCCAGAGACUAUUACACCAAGACUCUGCUCGGCUCACAGGUUGACCAGCGUGUGUUCAAAGACCUGAUGAGCGAGAAGCUGCCGCGGCUUCAUGCCCACUUUGAGCUGCACAAGGUCGAUUUCUCCCUCAUCACCUUCAACUGGUUCCUGGUGGUGUUUGUGGACAGCGUGGUGAGCGACAUCCUCUUUAAGAUCUGGGACGCCUUUCUGUUCGAAGGACCAAAGAUCAUAUUUCGCUGCGCCCUGGCUCUCUUCAAGUACAAAGAAGAGGAGUUUUUGAAGUUGCAGGAUUCCACAGCCAUCUUUAAAUAUCUCAGAUACUUCACACGCACAAUCCUGGAUUCAAGGAAGCUGAUGAACAUCGCGUUUGUGGACAUGAACCCGUUCCCCAUGAGGCAAAUCCAGAACCGCCGCUCCUUCCACCUGGAGAAAGUGCGUCUGGAGCUGACGGAGCUGGAGGCGAUCAGACAGACCUUCCUCAGGGAGAGAGAGACGAGUCAGGACAGACGCAGCUUCGUCAGCGACGAUGAGGAGGAUAACUGACCUGGAGCUUGUCACGCUUUCCAGGCCAUGUGGCCCAAACAUGAAGACAAAGAGAUCACUCCGCGGACCGGCGAUGUGUUGAAGGGAGUCUUUUCGCUACUUAAUCGUUGGAGUUGGAUCUCUGCAUCAGAGCUGGAACGAACAACUUUCUCUACAUUUUGAGUCAAAUCGCAUCAAAGGACCAAAACAUUACAGGCCAAGCGGGCUUUUUAUCAGUAUUCCUGCCAUUGUUUUUUAAUUUUUAUUUUAUAAACGCCUUAUAUGCUGUACGCGUAUGUGUUCAUGUGAUGACCAAAGCAGUGUGCUUCAUCCGCGGCUCUUCAGUGCCAACUUCUGUCCAAAUCAGUAUUUUUAAACAUAUGACUGUGAUCUCUAACAAGCUGAUUUUUUUUUUUUAUGCCCGUUGAAGGAAUUUUUGCAUUAUUUUUAAAAAACUCUUGUUCUCAUUAGAAUUCAAACUCUUUCUUUGUCUCCAAUUCCUUACAUAAAUGUCUUUAUUAUUGUUUACCUUAAUUUUUUUUUUUUUUAAUUUUCCAACUGCCACUCAGCAACACAUCUUUUGUAUUUGAUGCCUGGGUCUUGAUGCACUCGAAUCACUUAAUGCUGAAAGUGAAAUUUUGCUGAAACUUAAGUCUUAAGGCCUUCAAAACAUAUAGUUCCCAGCUGUGUGUGGUUAAAAACACGCUCAGAGAAAUGCAAUGAAAGGAUGGAUUGAAGGUGAGGAAGACUGAGUUUUUUUUUUAAAUCAAAUAACCUGAGACACACCAGUUAAGCCAUCAUACUAAUGCUCUGAGCCGAUAUUGUAUUUUCAGGUGACAUUAGAGAGUCCAGUUUCAUCUGGACUUAUUUGGCCGUGUCAUUAUUUACAGUAUAUUGCCAAAAAAACAUGUAAUUACUUACAUUUAUCAACACAUAUCUAAAAAGCUCACACUGUUUUGCACUUACACUCGUGUUAAGUCGUGUGAAGGCCGCUGGUUUUGAUCAAGAGAAUGUCUAAAAUUGGCAUCAGCUUCAAAACAUCCCUAAAAUUACCUGAUUAUCUCACUAUUGUAUUAAAACAUUUGCCCUAAAGCACCCUGGCCUCGGACUACAGCUCUUGAUCACAUUUGUAUAUUCCUAUUUUUCUACGGAUCGCGAGGUGUUCAGAGGGUCCACUUUCCCCUUGUAUAAUGCUGGGAUUGUUUUUCUGAGCCCCACCACUGAAAACGCUGAUGUAUUUGCAUUGAUCGUCCUCAGUGUGGCAGUAUAACAUUUAUCUAGCUGCAGGUUACACUCGCUCACAGGUACCUUCCACACAGUGUGACUAAAUAGUUCGUAUGAAAUGAUUGUGACGUCUGUCUGUCGGCGUGAUUGGAAAUAUGGUUCGGAAUCUAUGAGGGAAGUAUUUCGUGAGAUUUUCUCGUCAUGUGUAGUCAAGUCUUUCUCUCUUCCACAUUCAGGUACUUACAGAUUCUUUAGCACUGUGACUAUAAUCUCUCUUUCUCCUCUUUUUUUAAAAAAAAGCAUUUAACAAACCAGAAUGGGCAAAGUGAUGACAUCAGAAAAACUGUAGCUGAAUGGAGAGAGAGCAACAGGUUUCUCACCUCCUCUUGUGUGCUGAUGUAUUGUUUACAGCUCUUUAUUCUUAAUCCACUUUAAGCUGUUUACAGAGAUCUCUUUACUCUCAAGUACAAAAUCGACCACUUUGUCAGCCAUGGCGUUCCGUCUCCUCUUCACGUAUGACCUGAACUUGUGGACAAAUGGCAGAAAUUAGUUUGUUUCGGUGGUUGAAAUGUAAAUGAAAUAGAGGUCGAAAUUGAAAUAGUUCUUUUUUUCACGAGAGCUGGUCUCUCUGGGGAUCUAAAAUUCUAAGAAUGAACAUUUUCCUUUGUCUACCCACAUUGUCAAAAGGCUCAUACAGCAAAUGUCAGUGUUUACUCGGUGCACAGCUUCUCUUCUAAGACUAGUUUGCAUGUGUUCUCUUUAUAUUUUAUGUCACUUUGAUGUUCACAUUGAAUAAGCUACUUUUAAAAUGAUCUUCAGUCUCUCUUAAUUUCCUCUCUUCAUUUUGCUUUGUCCUGCAGUUUAUUGCACAAGUGUAAUGACAAAAUAAAUUCAGAAUCGUAUAGGGCACUUCCCUUUUUUUUUUUUUUUUUGUAUGAUAUAAAUCUUUCUCUUAUCCUGUUUGUUGCUAAUUGUUAUCAUUUAAUAAUGAAAACUGCAAAGCUUUUAUGUUUCACAAUUGCGUAUAUGCCUCUGUAUGUUUUUGUAAAACCAGUUAAAAGGCAAAUUCAAUAAAUAACAGCUGACUGAA